GGAACUUGUGUCGGAUUCCAGCCUUGACUUGAUUUCACCCAUAUAAAUCAAGGCAGAUCAAUGGCUGAGGUAGAUUUGCCAUUCAAGGUGGACUAUGCCAAAUCUGGCAGGGCGUCGUGCAGAAGCUGCAAAUCCCCAAUCUCAAAAGAUGAUCUGCGCCUUGCCUCAGUGGUCCAGUCAUCGUCGUUCGAUGGAAAAAUGACGAAAUGGUUUCAUUUUGCCUGUUUCUUCUUGAAAAACAAGCCGAGGUCCACAGGUGAUAUCGAUGGCUUCUCCAACAUCAAAUAUGAUGAUCAAAAACGUAUCGAGAAGAAAGUCGGCUCAGGCGGUGGCACAGCUGACCUCGUCGGCAGAAAAUCUGUCUCCGCCAAAGAGAAGAAAAAUGCUACCCUUGAAUAUUCGGUGGAGUACGCUAAAACCAGCAGAUCAACUUGUCGUGGCUGCGACAUGCUCAUCGCCAAGGAUCAAGUGAGGAUAUCCAAGAUGGUGUAUGAUUCAGAAAGAGCUUUGGCCUACGGUCCCUACCCUGGAUGGUAUCACGUGGAGUGUUUCAUCGCCAAUCGAGAACAGCUGCAGUGGUUCCUCCCCGCUCAAGACCUGCCUGGUUACAAGUCCCUCGGAAUAGAGGAGCAGAAAAUGUUGAAAGAAAAAAUUCCCAAACUCGCACCCGUGAAGAGAUCGGCUGAGGAAGAAAACUCCGAGCCUGCGGCGAAGAAGAAGAAAACCGAGGAUGACUCCGCCCUGAAAAAGCAGAGCGACCGACUAUUCCAAAUGCAGAAGAAGCUCGAAACCGAAAUGACCAAGCGGCAGCUCAUUGAAAUCUUCGAGUACAAUCAUCUUCACGUGCCAUCUGGAAUCAGCCGAUUGGUCGAAUGGCUGGCAGAUGCGAUCAUCUUCGGCGUGUGCGAUCCCUGUCCCGAAUGCAAAGAAAAAGCUCUCCGAUUCAAGAACAACGUUUAUAAGUGUUACGGGGACUUUUCGGAAUUCACUUCAUGUGAAUACACCACGACAGAUCCUAAAAGAUCCAAACUCAAGGUCCCUAAAGAGUUCCUGCAGGCUUUUCCGUUCCUCAAGGGGAGCGUAGGGAAGAGAAUUAUUCCCGUGAAUGCCGCCAAACCCACGGUCACUCCGAAGUCGGAACCGAGGCAGUCACUGACGCAAAAAUCUCUCGCCGGUUGUGAGAUCGUAAUUGAAGCUACGGAGCAAGAUUAUGAGGUUGUGCGGGCGAAAGUUCUGAGCUUCGGAGGCAAAGUCGUGAAGCAGGUGACAGACAACACCUUCUGCGUGAUUUCGAAGCAAGAGAAUGUUGACCGACUGUCAACGAAAGUGAAACGUGCGCAGAAACUCGACGUCUUCGUCGUAUCUGAAGAUUUCUUGGAGAAGUGCCGGAAUGGUUCCGUCGAUCUCAGACCGCACAAACUGGCUGAUUGGGGUGACGAGGCUCGACUCGCGAAGCUCUUGGCAGAAGCUCAGAAAGCAGCAUCAGAGCUGACAUCGAAAUCGGGGAAAUCGAUGUUCUCGAAGAGCGGCGAGUCCACGAUGAAAGUCAAGAUGAAUGGCUUAGCAGCGGUCGAUCCAGAUUCCGGCCUGGAUGGCAUCGCCAAGGUUUAUCAGCGAAACAAGGACGUGUACAGUUGCGUUCUCGGUCUCGCAGACGUCUCAAGAGGAACGAACUCCUAUUAUAAAAUCCAGCUGCUGGAGUCCAGAGGGACCUACUUCGUUUUCCGAGCAUGGGGUCGAAUUGGGACAACUAUCGGUGGUAAUAAACUCCAGGAGCACGGUACGCUACAAGAUGCGCUCCUGGACUUCAAAGCUGUCUUCUUGGACAAAACUGGGAAUGAUUGGGAGUCGAGGAAGAGCUUUGUCAAGAAAGCGAAGUAUUUCGACAUCAUUGAAAUGGAUUUCAUGCAAGACCAAAGUGCAGCGGAUACGAAACAGAUUUUGGCGACGAGCUCCGACUCAAAACUGCCGCUCCCAGUACAAGAGCUGAUUUGUAUUUUAUUCGACGUAAAUGUCAUGAAUCAGCAAAUGAGGGAAUUCGAGAUAGAUCUCCAGAAGAUGCCCCUCGGGAAAAUCUCGAAGGAUCAAAUAAGCAAAGCGUUCAAAGUUCUUACGGAAUUACAAGCCUUGAUCGACACCAAAGCGUCCCGGGUCCGAUUCCUCGACGCCUCCAACAGGUUUUUCACCAUAAUUCCGCAUGACUUCGGCAUGAAUGCCCCACCGCUUCUCGAUGACCUCAAGACGAUCAAGGAGAAAGUCGAUAUGCUAGAUUCAUUGGGCGAGAUGGAGCUCACAAUGAAGAUGCUCAAACAAGAAAAGAACUCAACCGCGCUGCCCGUGGACCAUCAUUACGCGCAGCUGAAGGCCGAUAUCCAAGUUCUACCAAGAGAUGGAGCCGCUUUCGGCAUACUACAGAAAUACGUCACCACCACGCAUGCCGACACUCACGCUGCGUACGAUCUCGAAAUCCUCGACGUGUUCACCGUGGCGAGAGAGGGAGAAGCUCAGAGAUAUAAACCAUUCAAACGUCUUCAUAACCGGAAGCUUCUAUGGCACGGUUCCCGUCUGUCGAACUUCGCUGGAAUUAUAUCUCAGGGCCUCCGCAUUGCUCCUCCUGAAGCCCCAGUCACCGGAUACAUGUUUGGAAAAGGAAUCUACUUCGCCGACAUGGUUUCGAAGUCGGCAAACUACUGCUGCACAACAGCCGCGAAUCCGGUCGGUUUGCUGCUGCUCUGCGAAGUAGCCUUGGGGGACAUGCAUGAAUUAACAAAAGCCAAUCACAUCACGAAGCUUCCCGACAAAAAGCAUUCCGUGAAGGGUAUCGGAAAAACACAGCCGAAAAACGAGGAGAAACUGGAAGGCUCUAUUGUCCCAAUGGGACCAGCAGAAAAAUGUGAUGUCGAUACGACUCUCUUAUACAACGAGUACAUCGUCUACGAUGUCGCUCAAGUUCACGUCAAAUAUCUCAUGAAGGUCAAUUUCAAAUUCAAGUAUUGAGUGCUGUCGUAGAUGCUGGCGACACGUUCGGAAACUUGAGCUACGCAUCGGAUUCAUCGUCUCUCGCGGAAGCGGUCGUCGACACGCGGUUCCCUAGUUUUACAACCUCGUCAUUGAAAUCGUGUCGAUCACCGUGCGCGUACCCGCAUAUCCGAUUCCACCCGUUCCUAGUGU